AUGCGUACUCGUCCAGGUAUCGGCGGUCAUCGCCAGGAGCACUCGUUCUACUACCCAUCGAGCAGCCCAGCCUCAUCACCCUUCGAGAUGCGCUAUCUCGACAGCCAGCUCGAAUACCCAACGAGCGCGAUGACACUGGCGACGGCAUCAACUGCGCAGACUUACGCUAUCGCACUCUUUUCGCUGCUCAUCAUGGUCCUCAUUGUCAAAUUUCAGCGCGACAAUGCAACUUUGCAGACUGAUUCCAGUGUGCCCAAGACGCAUAGCCAAGGCAUCCUGCCAAGCGCUACGGUCACUGACGAUGAGAGUAAGAAGCGAAGGCAACACUUUGUCCAGGUCUACUGCCGGACAAAGAAAGCACUUCAAGAUUUGCCUUAUCUGGCGCGAUAUGCUUCAGUCAAUCAGAUGGUCGCAUACUGUCUCAACAAGCCUAUCCCUACCUUGGACGAGUGUAGCUUCGAGGAGCCCAUGACCGUGCUCGCCCAAGCAGUAGAGACGCCGACGCUGACAAUCCCUGCGAUCGUGCUCUGGUCGCCGAUCGCAAGCAGCAAAGAGCAGCACGAAGAUGCAGUGAGGUUCCCGUACAGCUCCAGUCGAACCCAAGAUGCUGCUCUGCUUCGGCCCAAUGAGCAAUACUGCCCAAGAUCUCCGGUGGAGAAGACCGCGCGCCCGAUGGUCGUCUUCAAGCGAAGAUUUAGCUCGCUACGCAUGAGCCGUCAAAUCUCUGCGCCCCUGCCAGCAUCGCCAUCACCUGUUGUGCCAGACUUGCCGACAGAUGUCGAGCUGUCGCGUUGCUCUUCGGGCUCGCAAAGUACAGAAUUGCUCGAUUCACCCCUAGACGUCCAAAGCCGCGAACCAUUUUGCGACCAGCGUGUCGCCGCGACGGCGGACGUCAGUCUCUACGCAAAGGCAAUCAUUUCCUAUGGACUCGCCAAAGCCAAAGCCAACAGCGAGGAUGCCAGCAGACUUGCAGGAACAGUCUGCUCUUGCAACUUUCGCCUUUCUCAGGCUGCAGACCAGCCUAGCCACCAGUCAUACACUCAGUUCGAGAGUCCAGGCGCACGCGCACGAUUGGGCGCAACCAACAGAGCAGCUCUGCGCUGCCUUCUAGCCGCAGAGCACACGCCUGGCGCACAUGUUUCGUCUCGCACAUCAUGUCUCAUUCACGCCCUUGCUCAGUAA